AUGUCCUGGCUGGCCGGCCAAGUGACGCACGCAUGUUCGGGCCGUUCGAGCUCGACACAAAAGCGCUCGUCGUCGUCGUUCUUCCCUCCUCCCUCCAACAACAACAUCGCCACCUACCAUGCACAACGCUACGACUCGUGCUUCAACCUCUGGUUUGAGGGAUACCUCCAGCCGGCGCUGGACGCCGCGUCGCUCGCGCAGCGCGGUGCGCUGCCGCACGUCUCGUCGCUCGACGCCAUGCCGGACCCCGCACCGCCGACGCCGCCGCCCCCACCCCCUGCCUCGGCCUCGGCAUCAACACCACCCGCCCAGUCGUCGUCGUCGUCGUCGUCGUCUGCGCGCCGCCACUCGCUGAUCACGUCGUGGGCCAACGCGUCCGUCUUCCGCCGCCGUCCGGCGCCAGCGGCACACGCCGCGGGCCACGUGGUUGCCGCAGACGACAUGGUGUCGGCGACGCAUGUGCAUGUCGACGAGGGCGAGCUGGAGCCCCUGGACACGACGGACAUGACACCCAGCCAGGCCAAGGCGGCAGAGUACGAGCGGCAGUGCGGCAAGGUGUGGAAGGAGUACCAGGCGUGCUUGAAAAAAGCAAUCUCUGCCAACCCCAACCUCACCACGCUGCUGGAACAGGCCCGCGACGACCACCCACUGCACACGAUGGACGGACUGGAGGGCACCGCGUGGGACCCAGCAAACAAGGGCAGCACCGACUAG